AUGGCGGAAGAGGUCCAAAACACUGGUGAUUCCAAGCUUUUGGUAGAGAAGGAUGAAAGUGAAGGUCCUAUUCUGAAAUUUAGUCUUGGAGAGAUGAUUUAAUUAUUCAGGUUUACUGAAAUUGUGCAGUCUCUGUGUCUAAUGUGCAGGCCACACCACGCUAAAGGUCCCUUCUUCGGGCGAGAAAAGAAAGCUUUCCGAGACUUCUGCAACUCCAAAAUUCACCGUUAAACCAAAAAUCUCGAUGAAUAUUACCGGUUCUCAGCAGAAGAAGACAAUUGGAGUCAGCUUAAAACUGGUAAGUGUUUACUUUUAUGAAAAUGUCUUCCUCGGAAGUUCGGCCGACAGUUACAACAAUGGGCAUUUGUAUGAAAAACAGCACCGAUCUCACAUGCUUCAAGAUUAUUGAAGAAAGCACGCGGACGGUCACGCGGAAGUGAUAAAAAAAUAAAUAUCCUUUAAGCGGUUUAAAUUUUAUGUUUUAAGAGCCAUGAGGCGUCAUUAAAUUGUAACUGUCUGCUUAUGGUAAGCUUUUGGGUACAAGAGCUUGAUUGUACAAAUUAUCAUGAACUGUGUCAAUACUAUUUUUUCGGUCAGUCUGCUAACUUCUUAUGCAUAGCUUCACCCGUUUCAGAUUGGACAAAAACGCUUACAAUAAAUGGAAAUAAAUGUAAUUUCUCAUCAGUAUUGUAAUACUCUUGGUUAACAUUUAAUACGCUCUAAUUUUCAGGGAUCUGAUCCAAAAAAACAAAAGACAGAACCAGCAUUGGUCGAAAAGAAGGGGUCUGUCGCAUCUGCAUUUAACGAAGAGGUAUCUCUAACUUGUAGAUUGAACUUUAUUGGCUUAACUUUGUGAUAAACAUGAUUAACCAGCAAAUAUUUUUGGCCUUUAAAUAUCUUCUAGGAGAGCCUUAACUUGACCCUGUGCAAUGUACAUUGUAAAUUAACCUUUUCACUCUCAAAUCUCAUUAGAGGUUCUCCUUACAGUCUACCAUACAGUUGUUAUGAUCUUAGUUCAAAAUAUUUGGUAUUGGCUCAACUAUUUUUCUUUUUUCCUCAUCACUCAUUUGCUUGAUAUUGUUUUGACAUUGUGAGGAGAAAUUCUGUCAUAGUCACUUAAGGGAGUUAAACGGUUAAAGAAUAGACAUAACACCAGACUUGAUAGGGGUUUAGUUUAAUUUAGAGUAAGGUGAAUUUUCUAUGGAGCCUGUUGCACUUACUGUAUGUCUUAUUGUUGAUGGUGAAUUUUUGUGGCUACUACCUCUUAUAAGAAGCAAAGCCACAUAUGUCCUCUGGAUUAGUACGUGAGUGAGUGUAACAAUAGAAUUCCAAUCUUGACCCACUGCUACUUAUUGCUUGUUUUGGAGUAUCUUAGUUGUUAGACAGUUGCACUCGGUACACAGUUUAGUGUUCUUCUUUUGUGAUUUGUGGCUCAUAGCCACAAGCACAUUAUGUUUUCAGUUUUUGCUGUGACACUAAAAGAGACAGCAGAAGACAAUGAACAUCUCACAAUCAUUUCAGGAUUGUGGUAAAGUUUUUUCUUGCAGAAAAUUUAUAUUAGGUGUGAUUGAUCCAUCAUGAAACUUAGGGGAAACUUUUUUCUUUGAAGAGAGAGCAUUUUGCUGUUUAAAUCAGCAAAUUAUGUGGAAUGGAAGAUAUGAUCUUUUCAGUUCUUGCUGUGACACUAGUAAGAAAAGAUGAUAAACUUCUCAAAAUAAUUUCACAGUGGCAUCCACUAAUGCAUGAUUUAAAUCAAAACUUUUCUAUGCAGAAAUAUCUCAAUAGAUGUGAUCUGCACAUCAUGAAAGCUUUGAGGAAAUUUUUCUUCUUUGAAAAGAGAGCAUUUUACUGAUUGAGUCAGCAACUUAUGCCAAAAAGAGCCAGUAAAUUUAUGAAGCAGGCAAGCCGUGAAAUAUGAUACCUUGAGUUAAUCAACAGAAUGAUGGAACAGGGGAAAGGAGGAACAGUGAAUCUGUGGAAUGGUGGAAUAUCUUGAAAUGCUGAAUACCUUUUUGUAUGAAAUAUAAGUCUCAAAAUAUCUGGUUGCAAUAAAAUGAGAAAAUUAUUUAUGAUUAACAGGCAAAAGUAAAAAAGCAUAUUGGUGGGUAAUCAUUGUUGAAGCCCAGAGGAUACGAUAAUGAUAAGGCUUUUGACCUUGUCCCUUUAAAUUAUAAUUAUAUUACUAUUGUUAUCAUUAUUAUUAUUGUUAAUGUUAUUAUUUGUUACCAUUAUUUAUUGAUGGAAUGUCAACGUGACCAUAUUUUUUGAUCAUCUUUCUCUUGUGGAUCAGGGUAUUCAUAAGUAUGUGUUGUGUGGCAGGUUUUCUGUUUUUCAUAUGAGGCAAAUCAAAUAGUCUGUAACCCUACCUUCUAGUGUCAUUAUACAACCUCUAGUUCUCUUCAUUGCUAUUAAAAUUUUUAUUGCAUGGGAAUUGUGAAAUUACAUUUAAAUUCCACAUACAAUUUCAUCUUGUAUUUUAUUUUGGAAUUGUUCUCAAUCUUAAGGUUAGUAGCAAGUAGUUUGUUUUCUAAGGGCUUUGAAAGUGUUAAGCCCUUGGAAUGGGUAAGGUAAUACAGGUCUUUUGGUUCAAAUAGUUCUUUAAUUUGAAACUUUCAAAGUAUUGUUGGAUUUUUGGUUGUGUGUGUCUUAGAUUAUCAUUGUGAAUAAGUAUAUUUUGUGUUCUUUAGCAAUACACUUAACACUUCAAUAGGGAUUCCCUCACUGGAUCCCGGCAAACUGUUAGACGGGAAAACUGGGUGCAACUCUGAAAUUAACUUGCUGAGGGGUAAAUCCUGGGUAAACUUUGGCAGGGCUUGUAAGCCUAUGUGCAGACCUCAUUCAUGGGUUGCAAUGACCUUUUCCAUAAGUGGCUGCCAAUGGUGUUCUGGGUGGCGGUAGACUGACACUAACUGUCUUUGAUUUAAACCUCUACCUUAGUUAUCUGAUUCUUGCUUUUAAGAGCUCAAAAGUCCUUGUUGGAUGAAAAACUUUCUAUUUUGUAAUGUGAUACUACUUGGCUUAUCAUUUCUUAUAGAGUGAUGAUGAAGAAGAGAUGCCGGCAGAAGCUAAAAUGAGAAUGAGGAAUAUAGGGAGGUACAGUGUUAGAGUCACAUCUUGUGAAUUUUAGGGCAGACUGGUUGCCUGAGUUUUAAUGUUUCCUAGACAGAAGUCAACAAAUAAGUCCCUUCUACUGACUUUGUUAUCUUAAUUUGGAGAGUGCUUAACCGUACUCUUUAGAUGUCCUUUAAUUGUGUCAUACACUGCUCUCCUAUUUGAAGGUUUGUGUGACCAGCCUAACCCAAUGCUGUUAAGAGAGAAAAAAUGAUGCCUAGCCUUGUUUUCCAUUGUGGUAGAUGGGUUGUUCUAAUAGUUGGUGCAUUAUUUUGUAUUCUUGGACAAAAAAUUUAACUUACACAGCACCUUGCCCCAUCCAGGAGUGUAAAGAGGUGCAGGCAAAUUGUCAGAGAAGCCUGAUGAAAUGCUGGAAGGUAACCUGGAUUGGCAUCCAAUGUGGUGGGUGGGGAGGGGGGGGGGUGUAAUACUCCUGGGUGCCAUGCAGUAGAAAUCAGAAUAAGCUCUGACUGCACAGGCUAUUUGGCUCAAGUCAAGACUUCACCCUUACUUUCCACCGGAAAAGUUGUCCUUCUCUCCCUCUAAAUAUUCAUGAUAAUUGCAUCUGGAAAUAAUAUUAAUUAUUUUUUCUACUCUGUAUUUUUCAGAAACACUCCCACAUCAGCAGGGCCUAAUUCUUACAACAAAGGAAAUAAAGGAUUUACAGAUCAUCGGAAAGCUGGCGAAAAGAGUUUUAAACUAGAACACCCAUCAAGGUCCAAGGAGGCAAAACAAUGAAACGUGAUGUUAUACUUCAGCACACUUCUUUCCAUAUAACUUACCUUGGCCAAUAUGAGGUUUGCCUUCUAUUGGUUCCUUGCUUCAGUUUCACAAGUGAAACUCCUUUCAUUAACUGGUGCAAGGUUGGGUUUAUUCGAUCGUUAAUUUUUUCUAGCGGAAGACAUAGGCACGUAGAAUAACCAUUGGUGUCAAAGCUGAGGGGUAAUGCUUUGACGGUGUCACGUCUUGAAAUGAGACAACACUAAACAGUAACCACAUUUGUUGGAAAGAAAAAGACGACAACAGAAACUGUUUGUAAUUAAAAAGUUAAACAUCGAUGAUAUGCUAACUCAUUUUGAAAUACCCUGCCCUCCAAGAAAAACAAAUUAUUUACAGAUUGUUUAUUUUUUGCCAUUAUAAAGAUACAUUUGAUCGACAAACUAAUCAUAAACUUUUCUCUUUAGAAGUCAUGUAAUGAAUCAUGUGUCAACGUUGAAGACAGUUUCAGGCCAUCAUUAUUUGAUGAGAAAUAGGGAAAUAAUUUGUUGGUUUCCAAACAAUUCGUAAUAAUGGAACGUUUUUGUAUAUCUUAAAAGAGAAGGAAACUGCGGUAGAAAGUGUUUGUGUAAAAAUCUCAAAACAGGAAGCAAGCUCUAUAUUUGAAUACUGAGGGUUUCUUUCAGCUUUCUGGAACUGAAGCAGAAGAUCAGCAUAAGAAUUACUAAAUUUGCAGUAUGCAGAACUUUCUUGCCAAGAGGUACCAGACAAGGAACUUCAAAAAUAUAUUUUUUUUUCAUUCUGUUCAAAGAGAAAUUCUAACUCUUUUUUUUUUCACUA